AUGGACCGCAGCAAGGGUAAGCAGCCCGCUGGGCGAUUGUCAGACGAAGAACUUGCUCUCCACCUCUGGCAAGAGGAACUAGAUAACUACAGCCGAUCUCUCGACGAUGAGCGACUUGCGAGGAGCAUUGCUCGAGCUGUGGUCGAUGACGGCGUCGCAGUAACCACCGCACGACAAGAAGAGCUCCGCGCCUCUGACGAUCAUAGACUCGCUCUCGAACUGUCCGGACAACCUGUACCCCCACCACAGCCCCACGAUCGAGCAGUUGCGGUCCAGCUUUCUGAAGACAAAAUGAAGGACUUCAUUGAUUUGACGCUUGCAGACACCGAUUUCAAUUUUUUCCCCACGAGAGUUGCUAGUCAGCACGCGCAGUCUGAAAGCUCGAGGAACCCGAAGCGUUGUUGCAUCACUGCUCCAUCCGACGAGAAGCCUCUCUAUGAGUGUGCUGUGUGCACAGAAUUUGUUCCGUCGACAGCUACAAUCCCAGCGCCCUGCCACCACAUAUACUGUCGGAUUUGUGCGGUAAGGCUCUUCCAAGACUCAAUGACAGAUGAAACACUGUUCCCACCUCGUUGCUGCAGAAAGGAAAUUCCACUCUCUCUUGUCAGUGGGUUCCUCGGCUUGGCCCGGAGCCAGGAGUUUGAAGAGAAGGCCAUCGAGUUCAGCGAUCCGCAUCGUACCUAUUGCUCAAACCCUUCCUGCUCGAAAUACAUCUUCCCGUAUUCAGUGUCCUCCUAUAUCGGUACGUGCAGUCAUUGCUCCUCCAGAACAUGUAUGCGGUGCAAGAAGGCAGCGCACGAGGGUGACUGCCCGGACGAAGACGAAGAGCUCCUUCAACUGGCCGAGCGCGAGGGUUGGCGGCGUUGCUUCCAAUGCCGAAACAUGAUAGAGCUUGGAACAGGUUGCAAUCACAUCACCUGUCGGUGCGGCGCGGAAUUUUGCUACACGUGCGGUGCGAAAUGGCGGCAGUGUCGAUGCGAGCUGUGGGACGAGAACAGACUGGUUGAUCGAGCCCGUUAUCUCGUUGACCGUGGCAGGGACCCAGCUCAACCUGCUCAGCCUGCGAGACCAGAGCAGGUCCAGCAGAUGGUACAGCAGUUACUUGAACGACAUGAAUGCGAUCACGAAGAGUUCUGGCCGCGCGUCCCUGGGGCUCAUCAGUGCGAGGAGUGCCAUGACCAUCUUCCCAACUAUAUCUUGCAAUGUGGACAGUGUGGGAUUCGAGCUUGUCGGAGAUGCAAGCUGAAUCGGUUGUAA